CCUCUUUAUAUUCAACUUUCUCCGCUUCUUCGCCUGUCAUAAAAUCUUUCUUCACGAAAUUCAACCAAGAAAAAAGAAGAGGCUGUUUUCUCAUUUCAAGUAAAGCAAUAUGUCGAAACCUAGCGUAGAGCUUGAUUUCUUUGGCAUGGAGAAAGAGAGCUCCUGCAAAUCUCAGUUCCAGAAAUUCCUCGAUCGCCGUCGAAGCUUUCGAGGUCUCCAAAGCGCCAUUUCGAAGAUGAAUCCCGAGGUUAUUAAAUCAGUGAUUGCCUCUGGUUUGACGAACCCGCUGAGUCAGGAUCAGAUUGACUCGAACAAGUCGUCUUCGGUCCCUUCGAGUCCUAAGGAACCUCAGUCUCUGUUUCCUGCAUUACCUCUUGCCCCUGAUGCCAGGGCUGCUUCUGAGAAUGGUCCCGAAACAGCUCCUUUGACCAUUUUCUACAAUGGAACGGUUUCCGUUUUCAAUGUACCUCGUGAUAAGGUGGAGAGAAUCUUAAAACACGCGGUUGAAGGAGUCUCAAAAAAUUUUAAAUCGAUAGAUUCAAAAGUCAGGACUCCAACAAGCGAUCAACAACAGCUUCUUGAAACUCUUGAAGGAGAUCUUCCAAUUGCUCGCAGAAAAUCUUUGCAGAGAUUUCUGGAAAAGCGCAAAGAGAGGUUGACUUGUGCAUUCUCAUAUGAUUGCUAGUUCAGUGCACCU